AUGACAUCGCUCACAAUGAUUUCCUAUGUUGAUUUCUAUGACCAGCAAUCUAUAGUAGACCCCAAGGAGAUGAUGGAACGAUUAAGAACUGCAGUUUUGAGAAGUUACUGCAUACAGUUGGGGUUUGGGCUUAGUGUUGAGAGGGCUGACAAUAGGAGGUACACAGAAGUGUGUGCAGUGGAGUCAUGUGACUGGAGGAUACAUGCCAGUAGGUUGUUUGACAAUGUUAGCUGGGCAAUUAAGGUGAUUAGUGGGUCCCACAGAACUUGUGGGAGACUUGAAGAGAACCCAGUAGUGACCUCUGAGUGGUUGUGUAAGCACAUGUUGGGGGAAAUAGAGGCCAAUCCUGAGAUUCCGGUGGAGACAUUGAGGAGGUAUGCACAGGAGCGGUUUCAGUUAAGGGUGAAGAAGAGGUUGUUGUACAAGGUUAGGAGUAUGGCCAAGGAGAAGCUGCAUGGUGGUUGGGCUGAAGCAUAUGAGUUGCUGCCUAGAUAUGUUGAGAUGAAUAAGCAAACUAACCCAGGGAGUUAUGCACUGAUAACAUGGGGGGCAGGAGUGGGGAUAGGGUUUCUAAGGGGUUGUAGGCCUAUAAUUGGAAUAGAUGGGGCUCAUUUAAGUGGUUUCUACAAGGGAAUUCUACUGACAGUAGUUGGCAUUGAUGGGAACAAUGAAAUAUUUGUUCUGGCCUAUGGGAUAGUAAACACUGAGAGCUAUGACAGUUGGACCUACUUCAUGAGAUGCUUAAGGCAAAUGUUUAAGCAGGAGGUUUGCAACAGAGAUGAUUUGACCUUCAUCGGUGAUAGGAUGAAGGGUGUUGAGUUGGCAGUUAGAGAAACUUUUCCUAGAGCAACUAGGAGAGUUUGUUACCAACCCUUAUACAUGAACUGCAAGAACAAUGGCUUCAGUGGAUCUGCAUUCCACAAGUCUGCUAAUGCAUACAAUGAGUAUGUGUUUGGUAAGGCAAUGGUGAAGAUCACUGAGUAUAAUGCAAAUGCUACUGCAUACUUGAACAACUGCAUUGAUCAGUGGUCUAGGAAUAAGUUUGGUUCUACUGUUUGUUGUGAUCACAACACAACAAAUAUUUUGGAGUCAUUCAAUGCAUGCACAAAGCCAUUCAGAGACAUGCCUGUGAUCUCAUUAUUGGAAGGUAUAACUCCUCAAAUCACAAGGGUGGGGGCUAGAUUUGACAAGGCAGUUGACAUGGAGGAUGGUCAGCUCACUGCAUAUGCAUUAAAAGAGUUGGAGGAAAGAACAGUUGAGUCCAGGUUAUGUUAUGCAACAGCCUGUGAAGGGGGUGCAUUUGAGGUUAGGGAUGGAUAUGUCAACUUCCCAAUUAGGCUUGCAACAAGAAGCUGUGCCUGUGGGAAGCGGCAGAUCUGUGGAAUCCCCUGCAAGCAUGCACUGAGGUUGAUAUAUGACCAAAGGAUGAACCCCCAUGAUUUUAUCUCCCCAUGGUUCAAGGCUGCUACAUACAAGCUCACCUAUGCAGAACACAUUCAUCCCAUGGAAGAUCUAACUCAGUGGCCUGACUUUGGCCUUCCUACCAUUCAGCCUCCAAUCAUCAAAAGACCAGUUGUCAGACCUGCUAAGAAGAGAAAGUGA